CUAUCUAUAAUUUAUCUAUGGUUUCAUUUUAUUAUAUUAGUGUUUAGGAAAUUCAAACUAAUGACUUAAAGCUAUUCAACUAUAAAUUAACAAUGAUUCUUCUUAAAUAUUUUACCUGUUUUCUAUUUAUAUUGAAUGUGAUGGGCAGCCAUGACGUUGAAGUAAAAUCCGAAGAAGAUUUAGGGGUCAAGUACGCUAAUAGAUGCGAAGUAUGCAAAAUAUUAGCAACAGAAUUGCAAAGCCGGCUAGAAGAAACCGGCAAAGUGCACGACGUAAUUGAAAUUGGAUAUUCUCUAGAUGACGUUAAGCCAAAGAAGAGGACGAAGUAUGAAAAGUCUGAACUUCGGCUAAUUGAGUCAUUGGAUGGCGUUUGCGAAAAAAUUCUCGAGUAUAAUAUUCAUAAGGAGCGAGAUGAUAGUACGAGAUUUGCCAAAGGUAUGAGUCAAACUUUUAAAACUUUACAUGGCCUUGUUGAUAAAGGUGUAAAAGUUGAUUUGGGAAUACCUUUAGAGUUGUGGGACAAACCCUCAGCAGAAAUAACUCACAUGAAAACUCAAUGUGAAAGUCUUUUAGAAGAGAAUGAGGAAGUAAUUGAAGACUGGUAUUGGAAGCAACAAGGGAAUGUUGAUUUAAAAAUCCACUUGUGUACAAAACAUGCAUUGAGAAACACAGAUGAUUCUUGUUUGUUUGAAGAGCUUAAACAAAAAGGUGAUAGCGCUAAAGCUAAGACAGAAUUGUGAUUACUAAUUUUAAGGAAACUAAGUGAUUGAUUUAUGACCAAUUACAGCUUAGUACUGUUGGGAAAUAGCAUUUAUUAUUUUUAAUUAGUGUAUACUUUACUUUUUGAUGCAUUAAUAAUGUUAUAAUGUAAUUUGAUCUUUUAUAAACUUUGUGUUUGAAAGGUAUUCCAUAUUUAAUCAAGUUAUAUCUUAUAUUAUUAUCCAACAUUUAUAGAAACUGGUUUACUGAUUUACUAUAGAUUGUGCAUAAACAGUCAGUGGCGUAGCUACCUUGGGUGGCACCCAGUGUGAAAGUUGCUGGUGCCUGCUGGUGGUGGCGAAAGUAAAAAACAAUAAAUUUUUCUCUUCAUGAUAUAUCAUGAAGAACAUGAUCAUUUUAUUAAAAGAUUGCGAGUAUGGUACGGGGAAUCCCCCCAUGACAGAAACAGGCUCUUUUGCGGGAAUCCCCAAAUUCUACAUAAUUGAAAAAGAAAUUUAUAUGCUAGCGAUUUUUUUUGUUUGUACAUUGUUCUUACAGUUGAGAGACCUUGGUGGGUGUCACCCGGUGCGGACCGCCCUCGCCGUCCCUCCUUUGCUACGCCACUGUAUACAGUAGUCCCCAGUAUAAUGUGGUAUACCUUAUUGUACGAAUCUGUGUUCUAAAAGUGUUCUCAUAAAAACAUAUUUUUUGAAACUAGGAACAAAACUAUUUAUGAAUUUGAGACUACAGAAAUAUAAGCUGAGAAAUCUACAUUAUAGGGGGAAAAAAUAAGUACAUCUUUAUAGGCAUAGUUACAUUUUUUUGCUUUGUGACGUAAUUGACUAACGAAGUCUUUAUUUAUAUAUUGAAUUAAAUUUAUGUAAAGUUGGUAAAAUAAAUAUUUUUAAAUGUACUGUUAAUUUUUUUAAAUAAAUUACAUCAAGAUAUCACACAAUCAAGUUAUAGUAAAAUAUUGGUCUGUUACAUCACUGUAGUAGAUGUAAGUAAUUCUAAAACUGUGGUUAUUACUAUCAAAUUACUAAUAUUACUUUAUAAAACAAAAUAAUGCAUCAAAUCCUUUUUAUUUCAAUGCAAUUUUCCUAUUUAGUCCAUUACAUCAGUUUCAGGUCUUUUGUUGUUUUUAUUUUUGCUUUAAUGAAGUGGUUAUAUUUAUAUACCCCCUGGUUAUAUUUUGAACAUAUCAUGUUUUUAUAUUGUUGAAAUAGAUUAUCAAAUUAAAUUAAAUUUUUGUAUUCAAAGUAAUGGGACAGUUACUUUAUAGGAAUUCUCAUGUUAUGUAAUGGACAUGUAAAGGCAUGUCUAAAUGGCUAUAAGAAAUGGUGCAUUAUAAAAAAUAAAACCACUUUUACAU